GGGUCACAUCAGGUAACGGUCUCCGGGGAGAAGUGAGAGGGGGAAGGAAGAGACCCGUUGCGGCGCUGGGAAUCCUCCCAAGCGAAAGGAGGCGCUGCUGGAACCUCUCGGAACGAGACCCGGGUCUUCCGCCGAGUCCGCUACGCUCGCCUCUUUGUCCACGGUGGGGAAAAGUGUCGCGCAGGUUCCGCCUGAGCUCGUCAUUCAGCCGCCCCGGGCCGGGCUCCGUCCCUCACACGCGCGCCGCCGCAGCCGCUCCUCUUCCCUCCCUUCCGUUCGGCCGUUGGUCUUUCUGUGGGGGCGCGCGCACGCGCAAGGGCGCGGGCCCAGGCCUCGCCCUCCCUCGCGCCCCGAGCGGGACGGUCCCGGCGCUUCCUCUUCGCCUGAGGCUCCUCCGCGCCUCCCUCCUGCCCAGUCGGCGAGAGCGGGCCGGGGCCCGGCUCCCCAGCGGCGGGGGCCAUGGCGGCGAGCGCCAAGCGGAAGCAGGAGGAGAAGCACCUGAAGCUGCUGAGGGAGAUGAGCAGCCUCCCGCCCAACCGCAAGUGCUUCGACUGUGACCAGCGCGGCCCCACCUACACCGACAUGACGGUGGGCAGCUUCGUGUGUACCUCCUGCUCCGGCAUCCUGCGAGGUUUAAAUCCACCUCACAGGGUGAAGUCCAUUUCUAUGACCACUUUCACACAGCAUGAAAUAGAAUUUCUGCAGAAGCAUGGGAAUGAAGUAUGUAAACAGAUCUGGCUAGGAUUAUUUGACGAUAGAUCAUCAGCAAUUCCGGACUUCAGGGACCCACAAAAGGUCAAGGAAUUUUUACAAGAAAAAUAUGAAAAGAAAAGAUGGUAUGUUCCACCAGAACAAGCAAAAGUUGUGGCAUCAGUCCAUGCGUCUAUAUCUGGGUCCUCUGCUAGUAGUACAAGCAGUACACCUGAAGUCAAGCCACUUAAAUCUCUCCUGGGAGAAUCUGCACCAGCAUUGCACAUAAAUAAGGGCACACCUACUCAAUCUCCUGUUGUAGUUCGGUCUCAAGGACAGUCACAAGAAAAGAAACAGUUUGAUCUUCUCAGUGACCUUGGUUCAGAUAUAUUUGCUGCUCCUGCUCCUCAGUCAACAGCUACAGCAAAUUUUGCUAAUUUUGCACACUUCAACAGUCAUACAGCACAGAACUCUGCAAAUGCAGGGUUUGCAAACUUUGAUGCAUUUGGACAGUCUAGUGGUUCGAGUAAUUUUGGUGGUUUCCCCACAGCAAGUCAGUCUGCUUUUCAACACCAAAAUACAGGUGGCAGUGCUGGAUCAGUGAAUGCUAAUUUUGCACACUUUGAUAACUUCCCCAAAUCCUCCAGUGCUGAUUUUGGAGCCUUCAGUACUUCUCAGAGCAGCACAACUUCAGCCAGUAAAGCUCUAGUGAAUAAAUCGAAUCUCCACUCAGCAGAUAAAUACGCAGCUCUUGCUAAUUUAGAUAAUAUCUUCAGCACAGGGCAAGGUGGUAGCGAGCAAGGAAGUGGAUUUGGUGCUGUCAAUACAGCACCAGCAGGUCCUGCUGUGUCAGCCCCAAGUCAGCCAAGUGCAUCUUCAGACAAGUAUGCAGCUCUAGCAGAAUUAGACAGUGUGUUCAGCUCCACAGCAACCUCUAGUAAUGCAUAUACUUCCACCAGUAAUGUUAGCAGCAAUGCUUUUGGAACAGUAUCAGUGGGUUCUAAUACACAGACACAGCCUACGUCCUCAAGUGUGCCUGCUCCAUUUGGAGCCACACCUUCUACAAAUCCAUUUGUGGCUGCCUCUGUAGCACCUUCAACGAACCCAUUCCAAACCAGUAACAGAACAGCAACAGGCCUCUCAGGAGCAAUGCAUUCUCACAUAUUUCCUCAGGCUCACUUUGCAACAACAUUUGGCACCGCAUCCAUGAGCAUGCCUGCAGGAUUUGGAACACCUGCCUCAUUCAGUCUUCCAACUAGCUUUAGUGGUAACUUCCAACAACCUGCAUUCCCAGCCCAGGCAGCCUUUCCUCAGGCUGCUUUCACACAGCAACCUAAUGGUGGAGGAUUUGCUGUAUUCGGACAGGCGAAACCAGUAGCAACCCCAUUUGGGCAAGUCACAGCUGUUGGAGUAUCUAGUAAUCCUUUUAUGGCAGGUGCACCAGCAGGACAAUUUCCAACAGGAAGCUCAUCGACCAAUCCUUUCUUAUAGCCUUAUAGACACUUUACCUAAAAGAACUCUUAUGUGAACACAUAACAUCUCUGCGCCUCUUGCACUGUUGUCUUGUUUCACUGAUUUAGCUUUAAACACAAGAGAAAUCUUUAAAAGUAAAAAGCCUGCAUUGUGUGUUACAACCAAGAAACACCAGGUAAUGUGCAAAACAGAGGGCUGUGAUAACAUCCGUUAUCUGUAUGUUGGCAGGAGAAUGUUAAUGGUAUCAUGUAUAUUAAAAUUGGCUAAUAAGUUAUUGCAGAUACCACGUUCAUUAUGCUGCAGUACUGUACAUAUUUUUCUUAGGAAUUAGUUAUUUGUGCAUAUCAGUAUUUGUAACUUUUAACACAUUGUUAUGUGAAAAAUGUUACUGGGGAAAAGAUCAGCCACUUUACGGUGCUGUGGUAUCUCUUGGAAUGAAUUACCUACAUCAUUUUAACCAUUGCUAUUGGGAGUUAUGAGUUCAAAAUUGGAGGUUUUAUUCAUUUCUCAAAGUGUUUUUCCUUUCCUAAAGAGCUCUUCUAUUUAUACAUGCCUAAAUUCUCUAUAAUGUAGAGGGAUACCUGUCUGCAUAACAAUAAAUCUGAUCAUGUUUUGCUACAGUUUGCAGGUGGAAAAAAAUAAAUAUUAGAAAAGUA